GUGAGAGGGUGUGCAGCAUGAGGCUGGUGUGGAAAUCCCUGGACAAGAUGAGGUGUCUGAGGAAACGCUCAACCAUCCCCUUCCUCGGCUUCCUCAUCACCUUCCUCCUCUUCCUGAACCUCUACAUCGAAGACGGCUACGUGCUGGAGGAGGAUAAAAGGCAGCUCAGGGAAACAUCAGUCCACCCUCCGAGCUCGGAGCGAUACGUUCACACCUUCAGAGACCUCAGUAAUUUCUCUGGAACCAUUAAUGUCACGUAUCGUUAUCUCGCUGGAACCCCGCUGAACCGCAAGAAGUAUCUUACCAUUGGACUGUCAUCAGUCAAAAGAAAAAGAGGGAACUACCUUCUGGAGACUAUCAAAUCCAUCUUUGAUCAGUCAAGUUACGAGGAACUGAAAGAGAUUGUGGUUGUGGUCCACCUGGCAGACUUUGACCUGGUCUGGUGUGAGAACCUGGUGCAGGAAAUCACCAGGAAGUUUGCCCAUCACAUCAUAGCUGGACGCCUCCUGGUGAUCCAGGCUCCAGAGGAGUAUUACCCGUCUCUAGACGGGUUGAAAAGGAACUACAACGACCCGGAGGACCGGGUCCGUUUCCGCUCUAAGCAGAACGUUGACUACGCUUUCCUCCUCAACUUCUGCACAAACCUCUCGCACUUCUACAUGAUGUUGGAGGACGACGUGCGCUGCUCCAGGAACUUCCUGACGGCACUGAAGAAGGUGAUCACCUCCAGAGAAGGCUCCUACUGGGUGAUGCUGGAGUUUUCCAAGCUGGGCUACAUCGGGAAGCUGUACCACUCCAAAGACCUGCCACGCCUGGCUCAUUUCCUCCUCAUGUUCUACCAGGAAAUGCCCUGCGACUGGCUCCUCAUCCACUUCAGGGGUCUGCUGGCCCAGAAAGACGUGAUCCGCUUCAAGCCCUCACUGUUCCAGCACAUGGGCUACUACUCAUCUUACAAAGGAGCAGAGAACAAACUGAAGGACGACGACUUCGAGGAAGACUCCAUAGACAUUCCUGACAACCCUCCUGCCGGCCUUUACACAAACAUCAACGUCUUUGAAAACUAUGACGCCGCCAAGGCUUACAGCACAGUGGACGAAUACUUUUGGGGGAAGCCUCCUUCCACUGGAGAUUUCUUUGUCAUAGUGUUUAACAAAUCGACCAAAAUUAGCAAAAUUAAGAUUGCUACAGGUUCUGACGACCGGCAAAAUGACAUUCUUCACCACGGAGCUCUAGAAGUUGGAGAGAAACUGGUUGGGACUAAGAAAGGAAAACAGUGUUCAUCCUAUAUCACUUUAGGGGAGUUUAAAAAUGGCAACAUUGAGGUUCAAGAUGUCGACCACAAGAUUGCCUUCGAAAUCGAGUGUGUACGCAUCGUAGUGACAGCCAGUCAGAAAGAAUGGCUCAUUAUUAGAAGUAUAAGUUUAUGGACUACACAACCUCCCAGCCAAUGA